AUGGGCAAUAGCAAAAGCAGUGCCCUAUCUAAAGAGAUUCUAGAAGAACUUCAGUUGAACACUAAAUUUACCCAGGAAGAGUUGUGCACUUGGUAUCAGUCCUUCUUAAAGGAAUGUCCGAGUGGAAAGAUCUCCAAAAAGCAGUUUGAAAAUAUCUACUCAAAAUUCUUUCCGGAUGCUGAUCCAAAAGCGUAUGCCCACCAUGUCUUCAGAAGCUUUGAUGCCAACAACGAUGGGACGCUGGACUUUAAGGAAUACAUGAUUGCUCUUCACAUGACCUCAUCUGGGAAAACUAACCAAAAACUAGAGUGGGCAUUCUGCUUAUAUGAUGUAGACGGAAAUGGGACCAUCAGUAAACAAGAAGUUCUUGAAAUCAUCACGGCAAUAUUCAAAAUGAUAAAUGUUGAAGAUCAAAAACAUCUUCCAGAUGAUGAAAACAGUCCAGAGAAGAGAACCAAUAAAAUAUGGGACUUCUUUGGCAAGAAAAAUGAUGACAAACUCACAGAAGGGGAAUUUAUUCAGGGAAUCAUGAAUAAUAAAGAAAUCCUACGUUUGAUCCAGUUUGAACCUCAAAAAGUCAAGGAAAAACUAAAAGAAAAUAAAUAAUAAAUUGUGGGCCCCUCACCCUACAUCAAAGACUGUGAAUCACUACUACAACCCCAUCAUCCCGACCACUGUAUCUCCUGGGACGACAUAGACUGAUCUGAAACACUUGUCCUCCUUAAACUUCCCUUCCACCAAGUAGUGAUACGUGUGUCCCGUAACGCUGCGCCAUCAUAAUUAGACUAAACAAUAAUCCAUGGAUUACAUCAGUAGUCUUAUACACUGAAGGUCACUCCAUAAGAAAGUUGAAUCUGCAACAGAAUGAAGGUGCUGAAGACAAAAGGAGAAAAUACAAAUUCAAAUCAAAAAUGUUUUCUCUGUUGUUCCAAAUUUUUUUAAUCAUUUUUGUUUUAUUGAUUUUUUUAUUUCAUUUUGCUUAUUAGUAAAAAAAAAAGUGCAUUAGA